GAAGAGCUUACAGAAAUCCGCCGCGCUGUUGUUCAGCGUCAAUUUGGUGUCAAUUCACACCAAACUUACAUAGCUAAUGUAACGUUAUGCGAGUGGUUUUUGAGUGAAAUCUCGCUUGUUGCAUCUCAGAAAAAAAGGGGGAAAAAAAACAUGUCGCUCUCUGAUUGGCCAUGUGCAGGCACGUAAAACCACACCAGGUUCGGCGUAGCAGAGAAGUGAUGGGCGUUUGCUACAGGUAGUACUGCACUCACGUCCAGCUUUUUCUCCCUGUAGUGAAAUGCUGCCUAACUUUUCCGGAGCUUGUUACCGCUCGAAGGUGUUGAGACUAGAUUAGAUGACAACCGAGCUGCUGGUGCAAAGACUCACUGCAGGGGGGAGGUCCGGCUCUGAAAGGGAGCGAACAUAUUUCAGCACCUUGGACAGCGCGCGGCACCGCAGUGGCGGUGUGUGGAUUCAACCGGUGGCAUCCAACCAGCAGCAGUGUGAAGGGACCGUUUCACUGAAUGUUACAUAAAAUCUCACCCACAUGUGGGGAAGACUUGUUCGCUGGAUCACUUGGACUAGUGCUUUUUCGUUUUUUCUCUCACAGAGCGCCUCCGUCGAUCCCAUCGUGUGGGUGGGCGUGCUGCUCAGUGCGUGACUGACUCCAGAAGCCGUGCUGAACCGCGUGGAAUAGGUGACUGUCAGGCGGGCGGAGUGGUGUGGUAGUGGUAGUGGUAGUGGUGGUGGUGGUGCCUAAGAGACCCUCAAUUUAUAAGGAUGCUGGUGGGAAAUGCCUGGAGACAGAGAUGACGAGAUUUGUCAAAAGGCACUUGAACUCCUGUCAGAUCUUUGUUCGAAGGGGGAAGUGCAGAACGAACACUGCCUGGAUUUUAUCUACUAUUUCCGAGACCUUGCCAGGCCACGCUAUACAGAUUCAGAUAUAUCAGUGAGUUUGUUGUCACUGGUGGUGACUGCCUGUGGCUUGGCCUUGUUUGGGGUCUCCCUCUUUGUCUCCUGGAAGCUCUGCUGGAUACCAUGGAGGGAGCGUGGGCUUUCCCCCACCACCAAGGAGGCCCAUGGGCACCUCAACCCCACUAUGAGCCCACUGCCACCGCAGCCCGCACCCAGACAGCCAGUUUACACAGCCGUGGACCCCCCGGCACACAACCGCCGUGAGUCGUCACACUGCUCCAUCGCCAGAGAGCCUACUCCUAUGGCGUCCGCGGUAUCAGUGGAGGCUCCGGUGACUCCUGUAUCACCACCACCUGUGGUCUUGGCCACACCUGAGGCAGCUAUGAAGAUUAGUCAUACAUCUCCUGACAUCCCACUGGACGCUCAAAGUAAAAGCCGGGAAAAUGGGGUUCACACUAACCCUCGUAUGCAGAGACAAACUACUGAACCCCCACCCUCUGGUCAAUCAAUGUCUGAAAUUGGACAAGGCUCCAUACGCAGGCAUAUGAACCUAUCUAACCCAGACUUCAAUGUGGCCCAGUUCCAAAGGCAGGACUCUCUCACUGGAAUGGGCCUGGGCCUCGGUCGCCUCAAACCUGAGCUCUACAAACAGCGCUCCCUCGAGGGAGAUGAAGGUAGUCGCAGGGGCAGGGGUUGUGGUCGCCUUCACUUCAUUCUAAAAUUUGACUGUGACCUGGAGCAGUUAAUAGUUAAGAUCCACAAAGCAGAGGACCUCCCAGCCAAGGACUUCUCUGGUACCUCUGACCCUUAUGUUAAAAUCUAUCUGCUCCCUGAUCGUAUGACCAAGCACCAGACCAAGGUGCACCGCAAGACGCUGAACCCUGUGUUUGAUGAGGUCUUCCUGUUUCCUGUGGCAUACUCUGAGCUUCCCACACGUAAGCUGCACUUCAGUGUCUAUGACUUCGACCGAUUUUCUCGCCAUGACAUUAUUGGCCAAGUGGUUGUGGACAACUUCCUAGAUCUGGCAGAUUUCCCCAGGGAGACAAAACUCUGUCGGGAAAUCCAGUACGUCUCCACGGAUAAUGUGGACCUUGGCGAUCUGAUGUUUUCACUCUGUUACUUGCCCACUGCGGGCAGAUUGACCAUUACCAUGAUAAAGGCUCGCAAUCUCAAGGCCAUGGAUAUCACUGGUGCAUCUGAUCCAUAUGUGAAGGUAUCACUAAUGUGUGAAGGUCGCAGACUGAAGAAGAGGAAGACAUCGACAAAGAGGAAUACGUUAAAUCCAGUCUAUAAUGAAGCCAUCGUCUUUGAUGUCCCUCCAGAAAAUAUAGAGCAGAUCAGCCUUUUGAUUGCUGUGAUGGACUAUGACCGCGUAGGCCAUAAUGAGGUCAUUGGCGUGUGUCGAGUUGGCAAUGAUGCAGACAACCUCGGUCGAGGCCACUGGAGUGAAAUGCUCACAUAUCCUCGAAAACCUGUCGCCCACUGGCAUCCUCUCGUUGAGUACCAAGGGACCACAGGUAGUAGCCAAGGAGGAUCCUGUAAUUCUCUGAAGACGCCUCCUUCUCCGUAGCCUUGAGCAACAAUUCACAUAAGGGCACCAAUCAACCUGAAGCCUCAGCCGUACCUUUGUACAGUGGUGCUGCUGAGUGCUGCACACGUAUAGUCCUAAAAGAAGAAUGCCGAUGUCGAUAAAAAGAAAAGAGAGACACAAACUGUCUUGAGCUCUGCUCAGCUGGAUCAGUUGCAUGUUGAAUGACCGCAAAGAUGGAUGUUUUCUUUUCUAUAAUGUCCCAUAAGAAAAACAACAGGCAUAUGCAGACAUUUUAAGUCUGUGCUAUCCCUGGGUUUAUACAGUAGUUACUGUUUUUUACAUAGUCUUGUUACUUGUUUUAAUGAGGUGAGUCUGUAUUUGCACAAUGUACUUACAACCAGUUGAACUGCCAUAUCGUUUUUUUAUUUGGUGGUGAAAUGGUGCAUGAGGUCAUGGUUUGAUGGGAUAUCUUCUCCUCGUUUGUUUGUUUGUUUCGGUUUCUAUUUUAGGGAAUACGACGUGUUGUUCUGUCAGUUGAUGUGCAGUGACGGUUCAUUUCUAAACAAGAUAUCUGUAAGAAAAAUACGUUAAAUGUUACCAAUAAAUAUUAUUCCAUUAAAACAAAUAAUGUUAAUGUUGCCAGUUUAUUUUUGUGUGCAUUACAAUUUAAUGGUCCAACCAUGUUUUUUUUUGUUUUGUUUUUUUGGUGGGGGGGGGCUUGUUUGUUUUACCUAAUUUUAGGAACUAUAAAACAUUGACAUUCCUAGUUGUACUGGACAACUAGAAAAUCCGUGAAACAAAACAAAAUAUGAAAAUUAAAAAUCUAAAAAGAGAAAAACAAUUAUGUCAGGAGAAAGUUUAUUUAAAUGUAUUUUGUAGCAUGUCGAUUCUAUUACUGUUUAAGAUUAGUUUAUUUGAAGUAGAAACCAUAAAAAGACAGCCAAGUAGAUAGAAAGGCAUGAAAGGCUGCUUGUGUAAGCAGAUUAUGAAAGCCUGUAGGCACAGUUCUGAAAUGAAACUCUGCCAAAUUAGAAGCCACUUUAAAGCAGUUUAGGAAAAAAAAAAAUGGAAAUACAUACCGUGCACAUUUUCAAUGGUGCCCCAUGCAGUCAGCAAUUCAUUUAAUUUUAGACCAUGUACUGGAUUGAAAGCAUUCAAAUAUGUUGUUCAUGAGCUGGCUGUAAAAAAGUCAACUGUGGGAUUGAAAAUGACCCCUCAGAGAGCGAUAGAUGGGUACAGCCUGUGCUAUGGCUCUUUUUUGUACGUAAACAGGAAGUGAUUUGAUAGAGUUUGAAAGAGUUUGGUCUUUUUGGAUCAGUUUGUCUGACUCACUGGGUGAAAAUAACAGUGACCAGUCUCCAACUUAAUUAUUCUGAUUAAUUAGUUUCUCCCUUUUCAUUCCGCCUGAGUUCCUCUCAUACUUAUCUCUCAUUUUAUUGUUAAAUAAUAUAAUAUUUAUUGUUUACAACCAGCACUACUGCAUCUAUAGUGAUGUUACAUUCUGCUGUUCUCUUUGUCUUGUGUGUUGGUGCAGG